GUGUGUGUGUGCGAGAAAGAGAGAGAGAGAGAGAGAGAGAGAGAGAGAGAGAGGGAGAGAGAUGGGGAAUUGUCAAGCGAACGACGCGGCAGCGGUGGUGAUACAGCACUCAGACGGGCACGCCGAAAGGCUCUACUGGCCGACGACCGCCGACGCAGUCAUGAGAAACCACCCCGACCACUACGUCGCCCAUAUCACCCCCUCCGGCGCCGGCCGCAAACUCUCAGCCUCCGCCGACGUCGGUUCCAUUAUCCGGUUCGCUAAAAUUCGCCUCCUCAAGCACAAGGAGAUGCUUCUCAUUGGCCAAGUCUACCGCCUCAUGACCUCCGAAGAGGUGACGAAGGAGCUAAGGGCAAGGAAACAUGAGAGAAUAAGAAAGGCACAGAAUAUCCAGAUCAAGCAACAAGAAGUAGAAAUCCAGCAACAUUUACUUCAAAUGCUUGAGCAGCAAAAUCAAAGAGUAAAUGAAAGAACAAGUAUUGAGGAUUCUGCGGAUUCUGGUGAAGCUGAUCCGCAAGUGAUGGAUCAGGCAGCAAGGCAUGAGAGAGAGAAGAUGAGAAGUUCCAGGACUUGGCGGCCAUCUCUGGACAGCAUCUCAGAGCUAGGAAGCUUAUGAUAUUUUACUGUUGAUUGCAGAGGAGGACUACUCUUGAAUUAGUUGACAAGCCCAGAAAACUUAGAUUAUGUGGUGAUAUUAGUUCAAGAGGGGAAGAUCAGAACUCUGUAAUGGGAAUGAAUUCAUGAUCAAUAGUAACAAAUAUCAAUCAGAGGUUGCUAGUCAUGAUUUGUUUUAUCAAGUUAUCAAUAUUUCUUCUGAUGCAUUUCUGAUGGCAAUCUCUGUAACAAUCAAACUGAAUCUUUUUAUGUUUAAGAUAAGUUUGGUUUGAUGUUAAAUAUAAGUAUUUAGUUUGAUCA